AUGCCGCUCUAUGCCAAGUUCUUGAAGGAGUUGAUGACUAAGAAGAAAAGCUGGAAGAACAACGAGACUGUGGUACUAACUGAAGAAUGUAGUGCCAUCAUUCAACACAAAUUACCCCAGAAAUUGAAGAAUCUUGGGAGCUUUCAGAUUCCUUGUAUCAUAGGGGAAAUCACAGUGAAAAAGGCUUUAUGUGAUUUAGGAGCUAGCAUAAAUAUAAUGUCCUUAGAAAUGAUGAGAAAAAUGAGGAUUGAGGAGGCCAAGCCAACAAGAAUGGCCCUGCAACUAGCAGACCGAUCAUUCAAGUUCCCUCACAGAAUAGUAGAAGACUUGUUGGUGAAGGUAGAAGACUUUAUAUUCCCAGAAGACUUUGUAGUGUUGGAUAUGGAGGAAGGAGCCAAGGCCUCUAUCAUCCUGGGAAGGCCAUUCUUAAUCACUGCCGGAGCCAUCAUUGAUGUCCAAAAGGGUGAACUUACCCUUAGACUACAUGAGGAGAAAAUGAUAUUCGAUGUGUUCAAGGCCAUGAGUUACCCACAAGACUCAUUGGGAGAAUGUAUGAGGUUGGAUUCAGUAGAAGCUAUAGUGCAAGAUACUUUUGAAGAGGAAGAACUUGAGGGGUUGACAGAAGAAGAAAAAUCAGCAUCAAGCGAAGAGGCUGCAACAACUGAGGUUCCUGUUCAGGGCACACUAGAGGAGAAGAAUGAUAAGAAAGAAGCACCUAAACUUGAACUAAAGGCACUACCGUCCACUCUCAAAUAUGCAUAUUUAGGAGAAAAUGAAAGUUAUCCAGUGAUCAUAAACUCAGCCCUCAGCCAAGAACAAGAGGAGGAAUUACUCCAAGUAUUGCAAAAGCAUAAAGAUGCCAUUGGAUGGACCCUCACUAACUUGAAGGGAAUCAAUUCGGCCAUAUGCAUGCAUAAGAUACUGUUGGAAGAUGAUGCCAAACCUUCCAUUCAACCCCAAAGGAGGCUGAAUCCAGUCAUGAAAGAAGUGGUACAGAAGGAAGUUAUGAAGCUGCGGCAGGGAGGGGGUGAUCUACCCAAUUUUGGAUAG